AUGUCGCAAGGUGGCAUUGAAGAGCCAUACAACAUCGCGACACUACCCAAGCCUCUCCAUGGAUUGCACGGUCGCAUUUGUGCAGCACCGGUGUGGAGCCUUACAGCUUCCAGGAAGAGGAAACGCCAUGAGGUGGUGGUAGGCGUCGAUGGCGAGACGCUCAACAUCUACAACAUUCAAACCCAGACCAAUACCAGUUCGUAUGCAAUUCCGCCUCAGACAUUUCUUGCGACGUCACCAUGCUCGGUCUACUACAAAACGCUCCAAACUCGUAUCACUGUGAGGAGAACAUAUGUCGUGGUCCGGGACGGCCCCAAGGAUAAGAAGUCACGCUUGUUAGCAUUGACGGAAAAGUCCGGCAAGGCUGCACUUGAAGGGAAGGAUACGCCUGGUACUACGCGAGUCGAAAAGAAGUUGCGGAACGGAACAAUCGUCAAUCUCUCGCUUCUACACGAGCUUCGCGAGCACGAUGGAAUCAGCACGGACGAAAGCGCUGUCCCGAAUAUACUAGUCGCUUACAAGGAUGGUGGAGUGGACUGCAUCGCGGGCGAUCUAUCUGCGGCUGUAUGGGAGCACAGCGCCGCUGCGAGCGGCGAGACCGAGGUGGAGUAUUCAUCCGUGAUUGACUCGUACGCUGCAUCGAAAGGGCUGCUGAAGAAUCGUGAAGACGUCCUGGCUCUACUGGGCCAAAGCAUUGGUGACAAAGCUACUGCUGGGUCGGCAUCACUCUUGCUUCAAAUCUUGCGUACGGGAGAGCAAAAGCAUCUGUGCGUGUCCGUCAUCAAGAAGAGUUCCGGUGCCUCAUUGCAUCUUCGAUCGUCGAACCUGACGGAAGUGAUGAGAAUGAAGCUAUCACGGGAUAGUUCUAUGGCUGCUGAUUAUGAUCUUCAUCCGGCUUCUGGAUUGCUGUACGAGCAUCAGGGCACUCAGCUCAAGAUAUACGACCUGUCUGGCGCCACACCGAAAUCAAUAUUUGAGCUUGGCAAGAUGCGCUCAUCGAUCGUCAACAGCUUUGCGCGCAUAUCGCCAUCCUGCCUGCUUACUUUUUCAGACGAUACCGCUUCGAUAUACGAGACCAAGUUUGGAUCCAUUUUAGGAUCACUUCCUCUCGCAGCGCCAGUACGCUCCGGUUCGAAGACCGAUUCGAGUGAUACCUCACUCGUGCAGCACUUCAACGUAGUGUCAAGCUUUUCAGAUCUCGGUCUUGUUGUUGCUGUGUUGGAGAACAAUCUAAUCGCUUUGCGAACGAGCGAGGCUACUUCCGGCUUGAAACGGAGAAGACUGCGCGGACCGGCACUGCUGGAUGUACUCGGCAAGGGCAAUGCUGGUACUGGACUUGACGUGGUAGAUCCCACGAAGAAACAGGAAGAAAAGCAAAUACGAUGGGAAGAAUGGCAAAGACGAGUGGAUGGUUUGGUCGAGACAGGUAAUCUUAUGGAGCUUGAGGCCCUGAUCGCAAAAGAUCUGAACCUGAGCCCAGCGUCGGCUGCCCCGUCUUCGGUCGGUCAGGCCUCCUCUAAUGGGCACACAGAUCAACCGGACGAUGCUGAAGAGGAACUGUGGGAAUUGCCCAUGACAGCCUACGACCCACUGUACGCCGACAAUCGCAAAGCGAGAUAUGUGCUCGGCAAAGCGUUCAUAUGGCGUCAACCUCCUAAUCAGGGAACUUUGGAGCCACAUCGCCUGGAGCUCGCAUUCAAAUCUCGAAACAUCAUGCGAUGGUUGGGUCGAAUGGGUUUGCUCAGCGCACCACAUGUACAACAGAUCUUGCCUCAACCUAAUGAACACGAAGGAGCGCGACUCAAAGUGGCUCCCGGUGAUAUCAUGGCGGCAGUGGAGAGGGUGGAUCAAGGCUUUCUUCUCACCUGUGAUCUCCUGUCUUUACCAAUUCAUUGGGACAUUGCAGAGGUCAUGCAAGGGCUGAGAUUACUCAUACAGUCACUCGAGGACGCACCGGCGCCGCAGGACGAGGAUGCAGUCAUGUGUGAAGGAGAUGUCGAGACGAAGAUUGAACAUCAAGAGGCUGCUGCACAGCGUGACCUCGAACGGCUUGUCUCGUUCGUAGAGGAUGGGCCCUUCUGGCGCAGCGAAGCACUGCGGCGACUGAUUGCCCGUCUCCAGGCAUUCCCUCUCGAGCACGUUACAAAGUCGAUGCGAAGCUUUCUUUCUCAGCACCAGAUCGUCUUUCUGAUUCGGGUUCUCCUGAUUGAACUUCAUGAAGGCGGAUGGACGUCUCUCUACUUCAACAAGUCUGCCCAACAGUAUGAACAGGACAUGGACUUGGAUGCCGAUGAGCCAGGAGAUCUCAACGAUCUGACCGAUGGAGCUGCCGAUCCGACACUGGAGAACAGCCACAACAUCUGCUUGAUCGCCAAUCUCCUGAUAUGUGCCAUCAAUGCCGUCGGCAACAGUGGAUGGAUCGUGGGACUGAGCGGUGAACCCGACAUCAGCGAAGACUUGAUCGCUCGCCUUCGUGUGCAGAUCAGCGCCGCCUUGACAGGCUGUUUCGAGGCGCAGCACAUCGGUCUGUUCCUGAAUGAAGUCUGCCGGACAUCCGACUCAGCUCGUCAACGCAAACGGAAGAGACGCCAGGAAGCCAACGCCUCCAUUGACCCUGUGUCCAACGAGGAAGGCAUGCUUCCUGUUGGAGGCAGCUAUGGACCUAUGGUGUUGAAAACGCGGGAACGCAAGAAGCCUUCGGGAUCGAAGAGAGUAGGCAAAUACUCCUUUGAAAAGCUCCGCUGGUGA